GCCAGGCUGCAGCUUUCAUCGGCUUCAACAAUCAUUCGAUUCCAUUAUUCCAUCUCUGUCUCCUGUUUUUAUCGCCACCGCUUCUGCGCCUUCUCCCGCCGCCCCGUUCGUCGCCGGCGUCCACCAUCCUGCCUGAUGUAGCCCUUCGUUCUCUUCAACCCGCCCUGAGUUCGACGAUCUCAGCUGGCCCAGCACCGAUCAAAAGCUAACCCUAACUCUAGGCCGUUUCGCCAUGAACAAGCUUCCCGCAGCUCACCAGAAGAAUGCCCUUCACUCCAUCCUCGCCGCCAGGCUCACCAACCUCAAAAUCCCCGAAUCCGCCGCCUCCAACGACCCCGAUUUUGAAUUCUCCGAUCUCUUCGGCCCGCCCCCAUCUUCAUCCCCCUCCUCCGGCGACCCGCCGCCAGUCAUCCACAGCCGCUCCCACUCCUUCGUGGGCCCCUCCCCGCGGCUAACCCCAUCAAACCCCCUUCCUCUCCACCAGGAAAUCGACUCCGAGGGCGAGAUCGAGAAAUUCGCCAACUUUGAGGUCAAUGGGCAUCUGAAAAAGAUUGGACCCGAGGACUUUGAGAUCUUGAGGGUCAUAGGGAAAGGGGCUUUUGGAAAGGUCUUUCAGGUGAGGAUGAAGGGCGAAAACGGAACCGAAGGCGAUGGGAUUUUCGCUAUGAAGGUGAUGAGGAAGGACACAAUCAUCAAGAACAAUCAUGUGGAUUACAUGAGAGCUGAAAGGGAUAUUCUCACCAAAGUUGUCCACCCUUUUAUAGUCCAGCUAAGAUACUCUUUUCAGACAAAGUCCAAGCUUUACCUGAUUUUGGACUAUAUCAAUGGAGGGCAUCUAUUCUAUCAUCUGUAUAGACAAGGGGUAUUCAGUGAGGAACAAGCAAGGGUUUAUACUGCUGAGAUAGUAUCUGCUGUGUCGCAUCUCCACCAGAAAGGGAUUGUGCACCGUGACCUUAAACCCGAAAAUAUUCUCAUGGAUGCUGAUGGUCAUGUCAUGCUAACUGAUUUCGGGCUGGCCAAAGAGAUUGACGGGUCAAGCCGGUCAAAUUCAAUGUGUGGGACAACCGAGUAUAUGGCUCCGGAGAUUUUACUGUCCAAAGGACACAACAAAGAUGCUGACUGGUGGAGUGUUGGGAUCCUCUUGUAUGAGAUGCUGACUGGUCAGCCUCCAUUCACACAUUCAAACAGAAAGAAGCUUCAGGAGAAAAUCACAAAGGAGAAGAUCAAACUCCCCCCGCGGCUGACUAGUGAAGCUCACUCUUUGCUCAAAGGCCUGCUGCAAAAGGACCCAGCAACAAGGCUAGGCAGUGGGAGCAGAGGGGCAGGUGAGAUAAAGAGCCACAAAUGGUUUGGAUCAAUCAACUGGAAGAAGAUAGAGGGGAGAGAGCUGCGGCCAGUUUUCAAACCGGAUGUGAAUGGCAAUGACUGCACCGCCAAUUUCGACAAGUGUUGGACCACAAUGCCCCCCGACGACUCCCCUGCCGCCACCCCAACCGCCGGAGAACACUUCCAAGGUUACACUUACGUCGCGCCUAACCCUUGGCUCUCCUCUAUCAACGAAUAGCGAGUUUUGUGUUCCAAUCUAUGUUUGCGAUUGGACUGGGCCCCAUCCGUGGAUGGGUCCCUGUUCGGGUCCCGAACGGACGGGUCCUACAAAACCUUAAACAUUCUUGGAUUCAACACAUUGUUCUAUGUAAAGUUCAUUCUUUUACACAUUGGAUAAUCAAUGGGGUGAAUUGUUGAACACCUGUGGAAUCAUCUUUCCAAUUGCAAAUAUAAGCUUCCUCACUUC